GUCUGACGUCACGUUAACGGCUAUUUGCAUGAAAUGUUUUCUGGCUGCAGCCUGGAGCCGCCUGCAGAGCGAGUCUCUCCGAGAGGGAAAGCGAGGGAAGAGACGCAGCCAGUGUACGAGAAGGAGGUGGAAGGAGUACUUGUUUGACUUCAAGGAAGCGGGAAGGGCAAAAAAAAAAACAUCCUGAAAGCGAAGAUUAAGGGUCGGAUACAAAAAAAAAAAAGAAAAAACGGAGGGAAAAACAGGAGAGACUGCACUUGUAUCGGAAAAUGGAGCUACCCGCCGCGGGAGAACACGUCUUUGCGGUGGAGAGCAUCGAGAAGAAGCGCAGCAGAAAGGUUUGUCACAAGACCACUGAAGGACAUUUUAUUAUAAUGCAAAUGGAGAUUAGCAUUAUUUCUGUUUGGUGUUUUUCUAUCCUCUUAUGGAUUAAGUGUUUUGUUUGCGUUUAAUGUUUUCUGAGAUAACGGUGCAUUCUGCUGCGUAAAGUAACGUACCGCUGAUUUUUCCGUUUUUCUUCCAUGCACAGGGGAGGAUUGAGUACCUUGUCAAGUGGCGAGGGUGGUCUCCUAAGUAAGUCUGCUUUGAUAACACAACCUCAUUUGCAGUGAUAACAUUCAAAAACAUAAGUGUGUCCAUGUGUCACUGUAUGCAUCCGUGCAAGCGUGGGCGCGCAAUUGGGCGUUGCGCGUUCUAGCUUUGGGCGCUUUACGCUGUGGCCUCAAUGAUGGAUGUGGUUUUGCAAUGUAUGCAAUCCCCAGUGUGCCAAUUAAAGGAGACAUGUCUAUAGUAGGACCCUGUGUUUAGGAAAUACCAAUAUACCCACAAUUGAGUGGAGGCUAAGCCACUUAAUCCUCCAUCCCCCUACAGCCAUGUGUAAAAGUUACAUGUGAUUUAUAACACGUGCAUUCACGGGGACUGCAAGUAUCUCAGCAUUCUGUUUACACUUGUGCAUGCCUAUAAAUAUGAACUUUGAUGAUUAAAUCAAGGAUUAUGAUUGGGUCAGAUAAAAGGAAUUUCAUUUGAUCCACUACCAAUGCCUGUUAAUGCCUACCAGUGUGUCUUCUCUGUCCACUCUUUGCACAGAUACAACACGUGGGAACCAGAGGAGAACAUCCUGGACCCAAGACUCCUUGAUGCCUUUGAAGACAGGUGAAUUUUGAUUUUAAUUAAAAAAAAACUUUACAUGUGUUGAGUUCUACCAUCUAAAUGCACAGAUUCAAAUAAGUUUCUAUUACUUCACAGAAUAUGUGAGAUAUCUGUGGCUCAGGUAUGUGUUAAAAGCAGGGGCUGUCUGUAUGCAUGUCAUCAGGAACAAUAAUGUCACACUAUCUGGUUAAUCCAUUGUUGACAGAACAAUUAUCUUCACAAGAAGUCCACAUAGGGUGUAGAAAUUCAGAGCCUUUGGGGGUUUUGAUUAGGAUUAACCCUGGUGUCAUCGGAGGGUCAGUUUAAGGGUACGUUCAGCUCAGGGUCACAAGAGCAAAGUGUGAGGCCUUACGGCUGUCAGUUUUUGUCACCUGAUAGCUGUUGCAUCAGGUUAGCAUGCUAAAGUGUUACCUGCUGUUCCACCUGAGUCCCCUUCCACAGGGCGUUUAACAAAUGAGACAACCCUCAAAUGAUCAAUAUGUUCUGCUUUCCCUCCUCAUUGAAAAAAUACAUUACCUGUCAAACUAGACAUGUUUUUUUUUUUUUUUAAACAAAUGUUUUAACUCCAGCCUCACUGAGAAAAACACUCUUAGAGCAUGUUUUGGGGCAUUUUUCAAUUUUUUAUAUAAACUUGAACAACCUUUACAUGAGAGAUAAAUUUGAAAACAGUACCAAACUGAAAAAACUAAUUUCCUCACAGAGCUGACUCAAGUUUCAGUGUAGUGAACUAAAAAUAAGUGAAAUAUAUUUAUACGUGAAGGGGAACUUUGCAUAAUGAUGAACUUUUUUUUUUUUUUUAACAUCUGCUCAUAGUGUAGCGGAAACUUGAGCAGGACUGAGGGUUUAGGUGAGCUGGGGACUUUUUGUAACUCGUUAUAAAUCUUCCUCUUUUGGUAAAGGACCCUGUGUUAGGCUACCAUGAUGAAAUUAGCCACUUGGCUACUUCCAACUAGUCUGUCAGCUAACUGAGCAGACAGCUCCAUGUGAAGGACUUAGUAAUUGAAUUUCUUACAGGCAUGGGGUGUUAAACUGUCACUGCCUUUCCUUCCAUAGCCUCCCUCAGCUUUGGCUUACAGCAACCUCUUAGACGCAGGUCACACUUUAAGCAAAACAUCGACAUCAUUCUGCGUCUGUUUUUGCAAUUACCUCUCCCUCUCUAAAGAGAAGAGAUUUUAUUGAAACUAAUUGCAUGUCUCUCUGGGGAGCCAAAUCAUCUGAAUGCCAGGCUAUGAAAAUACACUGAGUCGUAUUGUAAUUAGAUGUGAGGAGGAAGGUGGGGGAGGGGACUGACAUCACUUCUGUCUGCGAUAUUGAGUGACUGCAUCAGGGAGACUUGCAUGAAGACCAAGGAAAGCUGAGGAAAGUUAGAGUGGGGCCGGCCCCCCAUCUUCUACAGUGAAAACAGAUAUUACAUAAGAGUUACUGAGGAUGUUAGAGUUACCAUUUGGAGUCACUAUUUGCCUUUUUAUGGCUGUCAUUAAAUUGUAAUGAGAUGUUACACAUAAGAAAAGUUGAGAUACCAUGCAAAGAUGGGUAUUUCAGAGUUAAAUGUUCUCCUUUCCAAUCUGUGGUCAAUGAAUUUCAUUUUACAUCUGAAAGUGUGUCUCCAACCUGUAACAUGGGCUCAGUGUUGUCUAAUUGGGCCGGAGGAGGACACCCGUGAUGCUGUGUUGCCAUGCAACAGCAACUUAUCUCUGUGAGAUGGUUUCACUGAUUGGCUGCUGUUUUCCUCUCCCACAGGGAACGUCAAGAACAGCUGAUGGGAUACCGCAAGAGAGGACCCAAGCCAAAGCACCUUCUGGUUCAGGUGAGAAAAAUAAAAACUAUCUUGAUUUUCAAGAAAAAACAAACAAACAGAAACAAGAAACACAUUUUAUUUGAAAUAGAUUUACUUCCAAAGUUAAAGGGGAAAAAUGAGCACAGUGUUAGCUCAUGCAGGGCAUGAAGUCAGGCUCAGCUCAGGGUGGAUGAGCUAAGCUGUAUGGCAACCUAUAUAAGCUGAAAGUUCAACUGAUUUCUUUCUACACAUGCGAUUAGCAAGUUAUGUUACUUGCUCUAUUUAAGCGAGUUAAACCUGCCUACACUUCCUACUGCAAACUGCUUAGCAAUCCGACUCAACCCCAAUUCCUCUUUUUCUGAUGGGUCUGAUUUUAUUUUGAUUCAUGUUUGCUACUGAUGCCUGCUCUAUUUCGUACCCCGGUGUCUUUGCUGCUGCUCGUCCUGCCUCAGACUUUGGCAUUUCAUCUACACACAUCGACGAGAAAGGAGCUCUAUAAAAUGAGCCAGACCAAAGAAUUUAACUAAUAUCAUGCAAAUUAUUCAUCCUCUGUGAUGAAAGUGGUCCUGGAUAGAAGAACUUAGUGUACUGUAAGACACAUAACAUCUGGCAAUCACUAUCCAUUCAUAAUAACAAACCAAUCUAUCUUUUAGGAAAGUUCAGGUAUGUUGCUUCUCUUCUUGGCACUUUUGAUGUCUAGUGGAUUUAAAGAGACCCUCCAGGGGAUCAGAAAACGCACAACUAUAAAGUUAGUUAAUGCAUAAGAGAGAGAUUUUAGGAAUUUUACAAAUUUGAAACACCAGAAAGAAAAAGCAUGAAGACUAGUUGUCUAAUUUCCCUUCAUGCAGCUUGUAGGUAUCGUGCAAGUUUCCUAUUCUUAAUGCUUUUGUGUCAUAGUCUCCGCCACACCAUAAUUAUACCAGAGUUGAGUUUGUGAGAUCACUGAUUUCAUGUAUGAAAUUAGGGUAAUAGCCCUUUAACAUAGUUGUUGGGAGUGCUCUGGUGUUAAAAAGGAAACAAUUUAUCACAAACAAUAGAAAUCCAAGGCUUCUAUCACCAUAAAUGUUAUAGGGACCAGCCCCCUGACCUAACAGUGGUAUCUAAAUGACUGUGAACCGUACAUUAAGUGCAUCAAUCAGCCAUCCAAAAGGCCAAGGGAACCCCUCAGAGGAGACUUUUUGUUCCACUCAGGAGGGUGUUGGUAGUAACACAUGGGAUAAAGUCAACGACAGGACACAAAGCAGCCAGUGACAUUCCUCUGAGCUGAGGUCACAGCCACAGGAGACACUUUGAAAUGUCACUCUGAUGGCCGAGCCGGUGGCUGAAAGAGACGCAUAGAGCUGUAGGAGAGCUGUGUGAACAUGGACAAGGGCCCCUGGAAUAAACCAUGGGCACAUUGGGGCCUCAGAAGAGCCUCUUCACACAUUCCAGGCACAGUUUCUCCAGUGCUGCUUAAAAGGGCGUCAAUGAACCUCAGCUUUUUGUGUUGGCUGACAUAGACACAUGUGUAGAUACUGUAGGCAGUUGAAGCAUUCAUCAAAGCCCUGCUGUGAAUACUUGUGGACUGAGCUCUGUCACUUAUCAGUGCUUUUUUAACAACUGAAAUCUCUGUCUGGCAUUACAGGUUCCAUCCUUUGCAAGGAGAUCCAGUAUUCUGGCAGACCUUCAUGGGGCAGCACUGGAUGAGGACAGCUGCCAGAAAACAAGCCCCAUUCAGAUGCUCCGUCCACAGGGUCAGCAGUACCAGCUGAACAGCAAGAAGCACCACCAGUACCAGCCUCUGUGCACAGAGCGUGAGGCCGAACAGCAAGCCAACGGGAAGAAGUUCUAUUAUCAGCUCAACAGCAAGAAGCACCACCACUACCAGCCAGAUCUCAAGGUGCACGAGCCCAUGUUUGCCAAACCAAGGGAGAUCAGAACUCCAGAGCUGGUCAAUAAAGGGUACAACCUUCCCCCGGUGCUGCAGCAGAAGUGGGUGAGGGACAAAGACUCAGGCUGCCUGACUAAAGUCAAAGAUAUCACAAUGGAGCUGAAGAAGCUCCCAGUAGACGUCAACGGGCACAAAGAGACGGAGAGGGUGAAGCCUGAAGAGAACGCAGUAUCACAGUCGAAUGGCGUCAGCAGCAGCAAGCUAAAGAUUGUGAAAAACAAGAACAAGAACGGGCGGAUUGUGAUAGUCAUGAGCAAGUACAUGGAAAACGGAAUGAAGGCAGCCAAGAUUAAAAACGGGGAUUCAGGAUCAGCUGAAAAGCUGGCUCAAGGGACUGAGACCAGCACAGAGAAUCAUCUGGAGAAGAUGAGACUUGUCAAGAAGCUUGGCCUCAUGAAUGGAUUUGCAAAGAAACCGAAAGACAAACCAACUGUUCUCACUUCUGGAUUUAACGGCAAUUGUCCCAGAGAAAAGGAACAGUCUCCCAAAACAGAGCCAACUGUGACGGAACAGGAUAAACACCCUGAGGUCAGGGGUCAGGGGCAGCUUCCAGCGGAUCAGCCUUUACAACUGGCAACCACGUCUAAUCUGCUCUCCCUGCCUUUGGAGAGGGGAGUCCCCCCCUCCCUGAACAAAAGAGAGAGCCAAGGUGGAUUUCAGGGACUGAAGCGGCAUUUUUCUGACAGUGACAGUGAGGAGCAUGCAAGCAGUAAGCGGUUUCUUAGUUCCAGGAGUAGCAGUGCUCCUGACACAGUAUCAUCACCCACCCAAAGCAUCAGCGUCGACCAAAACGGACACCAGAGUCACAUGGGACUGCCACUCUGUGGGUAUGCAGACCAGGAGGAACCUAUGGACUUGAGCAUUGUCAAAUCAAGGCCCAGCCUUACUGAAGCUAAAACACAUCUGCAGGCUGAAACUGUGGCACAGCCUGAAACACAAUUGCAUAAAACAGACACACAAUCUGAAACACAAACAGCACAGGCAGAAACUCAGCCACAAACUGAAACACAAAAAUCCACACAGGAAGGAAAAGUUAAAAUGAUACCUGUCUCUAAACACGCAAAGAGAAAAGAAGGGACUUUUCCCUCUGUCCAGCCUUUCCUGGGGAAUAUUAUCAUCACAGACAUCACUACGAACUGCCUCACAGUCACAUUUAAGGAAUAUAUAACAGCAUAACUGAGCUGGGUACUAACUGUGUAACUGUACAAAUGCACAUUAGAUAUAUUUGUAUUUUCAGAUGAUUAAAUGUACAAAUGGAGCCCUGAUGUUUUUUUUUCUUUUGUAUAGAUCAGAUUUUGAAAAAUACUGCAUUGUUUGCAUAUUCCUUCUUAGGAGCUCUACCUGUUGUUAAUUCUGGAGAUUUUCCCACAUGCAGUAUCUAAUCUCAGCUAUUUCAGACUUAGUCUAAAACACAAAGAGGUCAAUGGCAGGACUUUUAUGGAAGAUGCACUUAACCUUUGUAAAUACUUUUCUAUGGAUGUAAUUUGACUGUCUGCAUCUCAGAUAAUGUUCAACAAAUGCUGACAACUAUAUGGAGAGUUUUGUAUAAAGAAAAAACUAUAUUGAAACAUGGUAAAUUACACUGUGUGUGAGUGUGCGUGCGUGCGUGUGUGUGUGCCAGCGCGUGAGAGCAGAUGGAAAGAUUUCAACAAGACGGAUGCAUGCUGCGGGGACGGAUUAUGCCAUUAGGCCUGCUUAAACAAGCGGAUAAAGAAAAUGAAGCUCCUUUCUGUCAAUUAAAGUGAUUUGCAUCGCUAAAAGGUAAAGUAGGCUUAGUGUUAAGAGAGAGAGUGUUGAUGGUUCAUGUUUGAUGUCUGUUCCCUUUAUUUGAAUUCUGUCAAGUGUUUUUGAGUCAAAAUCUGAUCCUGAGCACAAGUCACUUCUGUUAAAAAAAAGUCAAAAUCACCACUUUGACUUUAUUUAUUUGAAAUUUUGCUCCUGUGUAGUGACUUAUUCUUUUUUUUGAUGUCUUGUUAUUCUGCCAGUUGAGCUGUUUAUCCAAACAGAUUUUUCUCACCAGCUGGGAGCUUUGGGGUUUUGAAUUUCAGGUUUUAUUGUCAGGUGUCCUGAUAUGUUCCCCAUAUCAGGGAAAGACUGAAUGUGCUUGUCCUCCUGUCACAUUUGGAGUCAGUUAAAAUGUACAGAACAGCACACCUCUGUGUCAUAAUCAGAUGUGUCCCCUGGUGACCUACAUGCCCUGCCUUCUUUUCUAUAACCCCCCUCCAGCACUCAGUGAUCUGGGGUGCAUUGAACUGCUCUAUGAGAUCAGAAGCACUUUUCAUGUUGUUACGUGCAGUUUUAAAAAGAAAUGAAGGCUUCCAAUGGUACAUUUUGCAAUAAUAAAAUUGUUUGCAAAUGGUUAAUAAAUCCAUGCACAGUG